AUGUCCAAAUUUGACGAGAAGCGUUUUUUGUCCUGCUUUGAGCAGCUAACGGAAUUUGAUGCCGAAAAGCGGAAGGAAUCCAUCAACAAAAUACUCUUAGACAUAGAAACCGGAGAUAAAGCCACAAAGAAUAAAGAAGAUGAGUGGAGAGUUGGCCCAUUAUCCACAAAUAGAGAGUAUAAAUACAAAUAUGCACUUAAGGAUAAUAUUCUACUGCAAUACACCAUUGAUAGGCUUUUGAAAGGUAUAAGAUCCAAAAGGAAGAACUCGAGGAUCGGAUUUACUGUAGCCUUACUCUCCGUUCUUAGGGUACAUAUCGAUAACGUCGAUCCAGGAGCAGUAGCGAAAGCUAUUUUGGAGUAUACCAAUACAAAAGAAUGUGUUCCGUCAGAGGUUAAGGAUGCCCUAUGCGGAAGGCUGUUCGGAAUUGCUAUUUUACAAAGGGUAGGAUACUUUUCUCUGCCUCAGUGCGUAGAGUAUUUGUCUGAAAUUUGUCAAAGCGUAUGGGAAGUUUAUGAUUAUAAGAUAUACUUCCAGGAUGCCGCAUCGAUUCUGCAAUUUCUGAUCGCUAGAGAUGUUUAUACCGCCACAAAGGAUGCUGAAGUAUCACUUAGUCAUGUUAAAGACCGUAUUUCUGAUCUUUUUGAUGAGGCAAAUGUAGAUAAAACACUCAAAGAUGAAGGUGUAUUAUCUUGCCCUUUAAUGAGCUUGUACGCACUUUUGCACAAGUAUAUAUAUAACGGAGAUUCCUCUCUCGCUGUAAUAUCCCAAUCUCCUGCAUCUCAGCAAAAUCUACCGAUAUCCCUUCGCUAUGUUUCAUGUAUACCAAGGUAUCAUCCCGUUGUACCUUCCUUCUUUCACAUUCUUAUUGAGUCUGCGGAUAUUCAGAGGGUUUGUAUUUCCAUAGACACUCUUUUUGAAUCCACGGUACAAAAUGCAUUCACUGCCUUUAGACUCUACGCGGUACUCCUCAGUAAAAUUGGCUACAAGGUUAUUGAGCAUAGCAGGGCAUACAUACAAGCAAUAAUGAAAUAUAAUCAUGCUUCAAGGGAUCACCCACUAAAAAUUAUUGUAUCACAUACUCUGCAUCUACUAUGUGGAAUAUUUAGCAAGGAGGCUUCAAAACAAGAAUAUGCUCUCCAAGAUCACGAAAUAUACGGAUAUAUACAAGCACAAAUGAUUGAUUUUAAACAAAUGUUUGAUCCAGAACAACAUGGGAGAAGAGUUAAUAUGGAUAUUGAUGAUGGAUCCAGAAUAUCUUGUAUAAUGCAUAUAGGUGAAUCUUGUAAUUUUUCAAUGGGCUCUUUUUCCACAUUUCAGAAGGUCAUUGAUACUAUUUUGAGGAACUCGGAUGUAACAAAGGUCUAUCCAUAUUUCAAGGCUGAAUUUUGCACCGUUGAGGCAUCUGAGGCACCUACUGGUGAGAGUAGCAAUUCUAAGGUUUCAUGGAUGUUUGCAGUUCUUCAACUAUGUGUGGCUUCUCACGGAGAUCCCGCUCUUCGCCUCAAAAUGUUAGGGGAUUUCGCAAAGCUAUGUCUAAACUGUACUGCUGAUUUACUUCCAGCGCGCACAAAUUCUGUGAUAACCCAACUAGCAAGGAUUCUAGAAACAUGUUUUAAAACAAAAUCAUUUAAAACUGAAGAAACAGUUCACAAUGUAACAUCAAUAUAUCUAGAAGUUGGAAAAGCUACAGAUAAAACUGGUGAAUUAAUAUUUGAUCGUCUUUACAACAUGUCCGUAAAGAUGGAUAUGACGAAUCUAAGAUUAUGUGUGUUAUCAUUGGCGCUUUUGCUGAAGAUGCGACAUCUGAAAUCUCAACAAAAUGAAGUUAUUGAGGAGUUUGCAGAAGCUCUAUGUGAAGCAGUUCAAGAUUUGGGUGAUGUAAGGUUACAAUCCGCUACACUUUCCGCGAUUAUUACCGAUGAUCACUCACCGGAUUUUGGACUAUUUCACACUAUUGCAAAGGAAAUUUGGAGGCAACUUUCAGGUACUCUAAGUCUAGAUGUACAAAAGAUACUUGUAAAAAACGCAGUUCUGUAUGAUAUUGAUGAGGAUGAAGAUGAUGACACAAGCGAGGAAUCUGAAAGUGAAGAUUCAGAAUCAGAAAAGGAUCAAGAAGAGUCUGAAGACGACGAAAAAAGUGACGAAUCUGAGGAAGAGGAAGAAGACGAUGAUGAAGAUGAAAAGGAUGAAGAACAAGAAGAUGAGGGUGAAGACUCAGAUAUUGAGCUAAAGACGCUUUCUUCUGUAGUUGAUGAACUUUUAACUGUGGAGUCAGGAUAUUCCAAAGUGCGCAUGGAGAGACGCCGUCUUAUGCAAGAGUUAACGCCAGAUUCUCUAAGAAUGAAAAUACGAUAUCUGGAUCUCCUUCAAGCACACUUUGAGGGGAAAUCACACGAUGUUUUCAGCAUGAAGUCUAUGGUCAGGCUUUUGAACUCCUACGUUAAAUCAGUUGUUAUGCAAGAAAAGGAUCUAAAAAAGGGCAUGAAGGAAGUUUUAGUUUCUUAUUCAAACAAGGUAGCAAAACUUAUAAAGGGUGGGCCAAAAACAUCUACUGAAAGUCCAUCUGAUGAACUGCGCCAAUUAAUAAUAGACCUGCAGACAAACAUUAUAAAAACGCUGCAAACAACUAGGAAGGUGCUUGAUGUUACACUUGACACAUUUAUUCACCUGUGUAGAAUGGAGAAAGCUAUAUUUGGUGACACCCUAUCUUCUACGUCUGUGAUUUACAUGGGACUUUUAUCCUCUGUCUUUACAAAAAAAUGCAAAAUUGGUACAAGAUUCUUUGUCACACUUUCAAGGCGUCUUCCGUCAGUAUUUGAGGGCAUUGAUCUACUUAAGAUCACUUCAGAAUGUCGCGUAGACUUUGUACAAUCAGAGGUUCUCCAAAUCGCUGAAAAAACACUGGAGUAUGUUUCAGGAGACGCUCUAAAGAAACACAUGGAAACCUACAAUCUAGAUAGCGAAUUCUCCGGUGUUGAUGUUGAGGCAUUUUCAUCUCCAGGAAAGACAACCGAACGGUUCAUUCAUCUUCUUGAUAUCUUGUCCACAAAAGCUAGUGAGGAAAGCAAGAAUGGAAAAUCUAAUGAAAGAGGUUUAUCACUUCAAUUGAUCAAGAGCCUAGCAAGAGUGGCGGUUUUAGUUGUUAAACGCAUAUCGACUUCCAAGAAUCCAAAGCUCUUGGGUAAUUUGAAGGAAAAAAUCCAGAAUCUUACAAAAGCAGUAGAAUCUUCUGAUCCAAAGCGCAGAAAGCUUGUGCAGCCAUUCAAUGCAGUUAUAAAGGAAAUCAAUAAACUGUAA